AUUGAUCAGUAAAGAUUUCGAAGAAAUCGUUCUUUAUUGCAUGGGAGCAUCAAUAUCAAAGGGGAUAUGUUUGGCUCUAGAACUUUGUGAGAAGUAUCCAGUAUAUCAAAUAAAUGCCAACACAUUCACUUCAGAGGUUACAGAUGAUUUAGAACCGACAGUGGAUGAUGCUGACUAUGAAGUUAAUAAAAGAAGUAAAUCAGCCCUCAGAAUAAAGAUAUCAAAAACAAACUUACUUAAAACGAAAGAGGCAACUUGAAAAAAUGUUCUUCACAACAAAAGAAGUAGUACGCUGGCUUGGACUUACAGUGUUCGAGAUCUGGGUGAACUUGAUUGCAUUUUUACUGUUUACAAUUCUUUUAGCUCUUAAAUAUAAUCCUGACGUGGAGCUGUACAGUCACAAUUGGUGGUUAAUUUUCUCUCCACUUUUUGUUGGAGAUGCUGUGAAUACAUAUUUUUGUAUAAUUUUAUUUAUCAGAAUGCUCCUUGAACUAUCCGUCAGAUAUUCCAUGCUGAGGUUGACUUGGUCAGCUACUUUCCUAUUGACAACAUUUUUAUUCAAAUAUUUACUCUGUAAGAAGCUCCUAGGGCAACUCAGUUUAGAUUAUUCUGAAGUAUUUGCUCCUCUUUAUAUUUUAUUGCAAUUGAUUGCUGUUAGAGCUUGUCAACAGGAAGGAUGAUUUGAGGCCCGUUCAUUGUCAGUGAAUGUAAUGUUUAUUUCAUUAAAAUGUUACUAAAUCAUUUA